ACCACGGCCGACCAUCGUAGCUCUGACGUUCAGGCAAGCGUUUUCUCAUGCAUUUUACGACAUAAAUCAGCAGUGAGUCAACGAAUUUCAUUCAGUUUGUGUAAAACAAGCGGCGAGCAAUGCAGUAAAAUAGUUAAAUACGUUUGUUGUUGUGACGUUAGUAGGCUUUAAAGCAGCCUUCACCGCACCAAACGCCGACCAAAGCCUGUACAUGUGUGUGUAUUUAGGUGGCUUACAAAGGAAAAAGAGAUAAAGAAUAAGUUAUACAAAAAUCGUGAAAAAAAUUCGCAAAAUCUUUGUUAAGAAAAAACGAAUUUGUAUUUGAAUACACAGCUUGUCUCGAUGCGAUACCUCGAUGCAGAGGCGCUCAGCGAAAUUAUGUGCGAAAUUAAUACACAUUGGUGUUGAUAACAAGUAGCGAGUCGGAAGCAUUUGUAGGCUCGUGCGAGCGAGAGCAAACGGUGCAGAAACGUCGAGUGCAGCAAAAAGUGGUGCUUGAAAAUUGAAAAAUUUUCUAAAGAAAGCAUUAGAGCAUUUAAUUUUUAGUAUACCAAGAGAUGUGGCGGCAAACGGACGGAAAAAUAUACGAAAAAAGCAAAUAAAAAGGAAGAGUGUGAGAAAUAUAUUGAUAAAGUGCCGUAUAAAGGAUAAAAAAAAAAACAAAAAAAUUAAGAUAAACACCACCAAAUUAUCAUCACAGCAACUUCGAUUUCAACAGGCGUCAAACCCAGCUAAAAAUAGCCACAACACCCUGCAUACAGGCAAAGCGGUGGCAAACUAUCCACCCACUGCUCUGAACGCCUACACGCGUCAGCAAAAGCAAACAUCUACGCCAGCCAGUUUGUGUCGUCGUACAUCAUAAACGAAGCGCUCAAAAGGGCACAUCGUGCUCAAAAGCCGUAGCAGUGCAAGCUAGCGUCUCGCAGCAGUAACAGUAAAAUAGGCAAAAAUAACUGAAUUUUGCAUUAAAAGGCCAAAAGAUAAAAUAUCACAUAGAAUAAUUUUGCACAUCUGCCAACACUAACAGCGCUCGGCACUUGUCAAUUGCACGUCAAAAUGUUCACACGCCAAUCUCAAAACCGCCAUCAACAGCUGCAGCAGCAUGCUCGACGUCAACCACAGCUGUUUCUAGCAUUUGCCUUGACUUUGCUUUUACAUUGCCUGUCUGUGACACAGGCAUUUGUGAUUAAAGAAGAUGAAUCCUUCCUACAAACGCCCUACUAUCAUUCGCAGGCUGAAAUUGAAGAUAUGUUCGCACGUUUCGCCAAGACAUUCCCGGAGAAUGCGCGUGUCGAGACCAUUGGUCGUUCGUUGGAGGGACGUAAUUUGAUUGUGUUGCAAAUAGGUAGAAAUGUACAACAACCAAGCACACCGCUUACGCCCAUGGUCAAGUAUAUUGGCAAUAUGCAUGGUGAUGAGACAAUCGGUCGCCAGCUGCUCGUCUAUUUGGCACAAUAUUUAUUGUACAACUAUGAAACAAGCUUGGAGGUGGCGAAUUUGGUUAACACAACAGAUAUUUAUCUAAUGCCGACAAUGAAUCCCGAUGGUUAUGAGCGCUCACAGGAAGGUAAUUGUGAAUCACUUCCGAAUUAUAUCGGACGCACCAAUGCCGCUGGCAUCGAUUUGAAUCGUGAUUUUCCCGAUCGUCUGGAAAAUCAACAAGUUAGCCAAUUGCGUUCGCACAAACGUCAACCGGAGACAGCGGCCAUCAUCAAUUGGGUGUUAGGCAAACCGUUUGUCUUAUCGGCGAAUUUUCAUGGUGGCGCAAUUGUAGCGAGCUAUCCAUAUGAUAACUCAAUCGCCCAUCAUGAAUGCUGCGAGGAGAGUCUCACACCCGACGAUCGCGUCUUCAAACUAAUGGCACACACCUACGCCAAUAAUCAUCCGAUAAUGCGCAAGGGCCAUAACUGCAAUGACACCUUCACCGAUGGCAUAACCAACGGUGCCAAUUGGUAUGAGUUAAAUGGUGGCAUGCAAGAUUUCAAUUAUGCCUUCUCCAAUUGUUUCGAAAUGACCAUUGAGUUGUCGUGCUGUAAGUAUCCGACUGCCGACACGUUGCCCGCCGAAUGGGCACGCAACAAGCGCAGUCUGAUGCAGCUGCUGAAAUUGAGUCAUAUCGGCGUGAAAGGUCUGGUUACGGAUGCUAGUGGUUAUCCAAUUGCUGAUGCAAAUAUUUUGGUCUCCGGCAUAGAGGAUAAGCCGAUACGCACGACAAAACGCGGCGAAUACUGGCGUCUGCUUACACCAGGCAUUUACAAUGUGCAGGCAUUAGCAUUUGGCUAUCAGCCCAGCGAGCCGAAACAGGUGCAUGUGACCAACGAGAAUAGCGAAGCACUACGUCUCGACUUCGUGUUGUCACCACGCGAGUUGAAUUAUGAUGGUGAUUUUCGCAAAGUGAAAGUGGAGCGUUCGAAAGCGCCAACAAAUGACGAUGAUUUUCUAACACCAACAAAAUUCGAGCAUCACAACUUUACGGAAAUGGAAAAAUACCUGCGCAACAUUGCCGAAUCCUAUCCGAGCAUAACACGCCUCUACUCGAUCGGUAAGAGCGUACAACAUCGCGAUUUAUGGGUUAUGGAGAUAUUCGUGACCCCGGGUCAACAUGUUCCCGGCAUACCAGAAUUCAAAUAUGUCGCCAAUAUGCAUGGCAAUGAAGUCGUCGGUAAAGAGAUGCUUCUGCUGCUCACGAAGUACAUGUGCGAACGCUUUGGAGUCGAUGAACGCAUAACGAAGCUGGUAAAUACGACGCGUAUGCAUUUUCUCUACAGCAUGAAUCCCGAUGGUUAUGAGGUGUCGCAGGAGGGCGACAAAUCGAGUGGCAAAGGACGUGCUAAUGCGAAUAAUAUCGAUCUGAAUCGUAAUUUCCCCGACCAAUAUGGCACCGACAAACUGAACGCAGUGACCGAACCCGAAGUGGCGGCUGUUAUGAAGUGGACACUGUCUCUACCCUUUGUGUUGUCGGCGAAUCUGCAUGGUGGCUCGUUGGUGGCCAAUUAUCCAUAUGAUGACAAUGAAAAUGAUUUUUCCGACCCGGUUGCGCGUCUACGCAUGGCAACCACUAUGGGUAGAAAACUAAAUCCGACAGAAGAUCAUGAGUUGUUUAAGUAUUUAGCGACCGUUUAUUCGGAGGCUCACCCCACCAUGCAUUUAGGCCAGGCCUGUCCACUAUUCAAGAACGAACACUUUCCCAAUGGCAUUGUGAAUGGCGCACAGUGGUACAGCGUGACGGGCGGCAUGCAGGACUGGAACUAUGUACGCGCCGGCGUUUUAGAACUGACGCUUGAGCUGGGUUGUGACAAAUUUCCAAUGGCAGAUGAGCUGCCCAAUUACUGGCAUGACAAUCGUGAGCCGUUGUUAAAGUUCAUAGAGCAAGUGCACAAUGGCGUGCAUGGUACGGUGCGUAGUUCCAUCGGCUCGGUCAUUGCGAGUGCCGCAGUCCGAUUGAAUGAUGCAAAACAUGUCAGUUACAGUUCUGCGAAUGGUGAUUACUGGAAGUUGGCGCUACCGGGCAGACAUAACAUAACGAUACUGGCGGAUGGUUUCGCUCCCUACCGCGAGGAGAUCGCAAUACCGGAGGACACACGUGAAAUGCGUCUAGAUGUGAUACUUAUGCGUGACGAUCCUCAGCACUGGUCCUCGGCCAAUGAUUUCCGUGUGAUUGAGAAUGUGGUGAAGACGCGCUAUCACAGCAAUCCGGAAAUACGACAGCGUUUAGCUGAAUUUGAAACUCGUAACGGACAAAUCGCGACCUUUGGCUACGCAGAGAGCGAGUUCGGUAUUUACUACAACUCCAUUAAACUGACUGCCGAUAUCGGCGAGCCGGAGGAGUCCAAAUACAAAAUUCUUAUACUCAGCUCGUUCUUCGACACCACCUCGCCUUUGGGUCGUGAAAUUACAAUGAAUAUUGCGCGUCACAUACGUGAGGGUUAUAAAAUACGUGACACGAGCACGUUGAACUUAUUGCAGCGGAGCGUUCUUUACUUGUUACCGUUAACGGAAAACUUUGAUGUGAUCUUCAAUAUGUAUAACAGAAACAAUUCACUUUGCGACCCCGAGAUGGGCAACGAACUCGCCGAUCGUUUACUCAGCCCCGAGUCGGAAAAGAAGCGUGACUUGUUGUUGCAAUUUUUGGAGAACGAACGUUUCGAUUUGGUAUUAACUUUUACCGCGGGCAGCUCGGAGUUGACCUACCCCAAAGGCGAACCGAUUAUCGAGAAGCUCGCACACGCUAUCAAAGACAGCGAAUUCAGCACUCAACCUCAUCAAUGUCCACUCAGCAGUACACGCUCGCUACACCAAUCGUCCACCGAACGUCUAACAAAUCUCCUCUACAAAAUGUACAACAUACCCGUGUUCAGUUUAAGCCUCUCCUGUUGCCGCAUGCCAAUACAAACGGAGAUCGCCUCUAUUUGGCGCACAAAUAUCGAUAAAAUCAAAAAUUUCCUUCGUCUCAUUGAAACCGGCGUCGUGGGUCAAGUGCAGAGCGAUAAGGGCGAGCCUCUGCGCAGCGCUUACAUACGUCUUAUCGACCAUCAGCACGUGUAUAAUGUAACACGUAAUGCGGCACGUUUCCAAAUCAUUUUACCCGCCGGCGAAUAUGCUCUAGAAAUUAGUGCACCCAAUCAUGAGUCACUGGUCAAACGUGUGCUCAUCACACCACGAGAGCUGAACAAUUUGGGCGUGCUGAAGCUGAGUUCGUACACAUUACUAACCGGCGGUGUGAGUGAGGUGCAUCGUUUGGGUGGCGGCGAUAAUGUGGGUAGCGCCAGCUCACUCUCCCCACAAACGGCGACCAUCUCCGGUUUCGUACUGGACACCAGCAAUCAUCCGGUGAAGCAUGCUAAAGUUUCUGUCACAGCACCGCAAACGCGCAACUAUUUGCGUAAUUUCACCGACAGUCUGGGCGCUUACAGCAUAAGUGGCAUACCGUUGGGUGAGAUCACUUUGAAAGUGGAGGCGCCACGACAUGUAGGCACUGGACGUGUGCUGCAUGUAGAGGGUGGUGCUGUGCGUGGCGUCAUUUUCCGACUCGGCGUCGACGAGCACGUGUGGGGCAUGCCACGUUGGUUGUUCAUCUUCUUCGCAAGCAUCACCAUUAUAGUCGGCAUGAUCGUGUGCUUCUUGUGCGUGCAAUUUCUUUUGGCCCGUCGCCAUCGCGCCGAUAAACGGUACUAUAGUUUUUCGCUGUUGCCACAGAAGGGCAAAGAGCUGUUCGAGGAUGAUGGCGAGGAUGGCGAGACGGAGUUGUUCAGGUCACCGAUUAAAAAGAGCAUGUCCAUCAAGCCCUAUUACGAUGUUGAAGGUCUCGAAAUCGAACGUAGCGACGACGAUGAUGAAGACGAUGAUUUCCGAAAUGAAUUUAAUGAGGAUAGCGGUGAAGAGGUUGUUAUGCUGGAUAAGCGGAGAUAAGUAAGCUGUGAUCGAAGCAAAUGAAAUCGUGAAAACACAACAACAAAAGUAGAAAGCCAAUAGAAAAGACGAUAAAAGAAAUGUUGAAAAAGAGUUAAAAAAGAAAAGAAAAAAAGAGCUGCUGCUUGCAUUUUGUAAGCAAAGUAUGCAACUGGAUUUAUUUAUAAAACGCAAUAAAUUAUUAAUUUUUCAUUCCUAAACAAUUAAUAUUUAUGUAAAUUAUUGCCAGCUAAUUAAAAAUAAAUUAUUCAAACGUAAAAAAAUACAAUUAAAUAUUACAACUGCCAACCUCCACCAAUCGAAUCUCAAGUAAAAGUUAACACUUAAAUUUUUGAUAGAAAAUGUAUUUAAUAAAGUUUUAAAAUUUUUUUCUAAACAGAAACUUAAAACACGCUUAUGCUUUCCGCUAAAGUUAUUGUUCGCUUUGCUCAAGAUUUUUAAAUAUAUUAGAAAAAAAAACAAAGACUGAAAAAAAAAAUCCAGUUAAUUAAAUUAAAAAAAUUCUGGCGCAGCUUAUUAAAUAUUGCUAGCAAUUUUCUACGCAUUUCUUUUUAUUAUUUUUGUUGAAUUAAACAAAUUUUGUACUAACAGAAUUAAAUAUAUAU